CCCUUCCUGAGCCCCGUGUCCGUGGCCAGCUGCCCAGAUUACCACGGCACCAUCAAGAAUCCCAUGGAUCUCGAGACCAUGUCCGUCAAACUGAGCGGCGGCAAGUACAGCUCAUCGGAGGAGAUGAAGAAGGAUUUCGAACUCAUGAUUCAGAACUGCAAUGAGUACAACCCCGUC